UGUGAAGUCUUAUCGAUCGUACGUACAUACUUGUUUUGACAGCACUGAAUGUCAAAAGCCUCGUAAAUACUUUACAUGUCUGUCUAAUACACGUCACCCAAAAAAUAAUAACUUUUAUUUCGAGCUUAACUCCCAAGUUUCUGUAGUUUAAAAUCAUAAAUCAUGGUACUAAUUGCAGCCGCAGUAUGUACGAAAGGCGGAAAGACAAUGAUCUCGCGUCAAUUCGUCGAGAUGACCAAAGCACGAAUUGAGGGACUUUUGGCCGCUUUUCCGAAGCUAAUGACAGCUGGAAAGCAGCAUACCUUUGUCGAAACCGAUUCCGUUCGGUACGUCUAUCAACCGAUGGAGAAACUGUACAUGCUACUGAUCACCACGAAAACAUCAAACAUCCUCGAGGAUUUGGAAACUUUGCGGCUAUUUUCGAAAGUUAUACCAGAAUAUUGUCGAAAUCUGGACGAAAAAGAGAUCAUCGACAAUGCGUUCAAUCUGAUUUUCGCCUUCGACGAAAUCGUAGCGUUGGGUUACAGGGAAAGUGUUAAUUUGGCACAAAUCAAAACAUUUGUCGAAAUGGAUUCACACGAAGAGAAAGUGUAUCAAGCCGUUCGGCAGACGCAAGAGCGUGAAGCUAAACAGAAAAUGCGUGAAAAGGCGAAAGAGUUGCAGCGCCAACGAAUGGAAUUCGGUAAAAAAGGUUUGGGUCGCAGCAAUUACAGUGGCGGUGGUAGCGAUGCAUUUGGUUCGAGCGGAGGAAUAUCUAGUUCAUCAUCCAUAUCAACAUCACCUAUGGCCAUGAGCGAAUUGAAACCGUCGCCAGCUAUUUCGAAACCGGCACCAUCACGGAAUGCUCUUAAGUUGGGCGGCAAAGCCAAGGAUGUGGAUUCAUUUGUGGAUCAAUUGAAAAGUGAGGGCGAGAAAAUUUCUAAUGCUCCGGCCAAUGCUCCAACUAGCUUGUCGGUGGCAUCACGUCCGAAACCAGACGUUGUAACGGAUUCAGUUCAUCUUCGAAUGGAAGACAAAGUCGUGGUUCGAAUUGAUCGUGACGGCAGUUUACAAGCAUUCGAAUUAUCUGGAUUGCUGACGCUGAGAAUAUCCGAUGAAAAAAUGGCUCGAAUCAAAGUGGAAAUUCAAAACAAUGAUGCAAAAGGAAUUCAGCUUCAGACCCAUCCCAAUGUCGACAAGGAAUUGUUUAAGACGCGUGGCCUGAUCGGUUUGAAGAAUUCAGCAAAACCAUUCCCAUUGAACACAGACGUUGGCGUUUUGAAAUGGCGUUGGCAAACACAAGACGAAUCAUCGGUUCCGUUAACAAUUAACUGCUGGCCUUCUGAAAACGGUGAGGGUGGCUGCGAUGUUAACAUUGAAUACGAACUGGAACACCAACGUUUGGAGUUGCAAGAUGUUUGCAUUUCUAUUCCACUACCAUUAAACUCGCAUCCAUCUGUUGCUGAAUGUGAUGGCGACUAUCAUCACGAUUCGCGCAAAAAUGUUCUACAGUGGAAUCUACCUGUCAUCGAUGCGUCAAACAAAGCUGGAUCCAUGGAAUUCAGUGUACCAGCUUCAAUUCCGGGUGACUUUUUCCCAGUUCAGGUUUCGUUCUCUUCAAAGAUUCCAUAUGCUGAUCUAAAGGCAACCAACGUUUUGAAUGUCGACGAUGAUAGUGCAGUUAAAUUUUCAACUGAGACAGUAUUCUAUCCAGACAAAUACGAAAUUGUCUAAUUGCUUGAUUUAUGUAUUAUUGUUCGUCGAUGAACUUAUUCAUUUCUAUAGAGUUAAUUGGAAUGUCUUUAUAUUUUAAUGAUUGCCGUUAUGAGCAAAUCUGAUACGAAUAAACCAUUAUACUGAGAUAAGGAG